AUGUCGUGGGACUUUUUUGUGCCCGUGUGUGUGGGUGACCUGGUGAGGUCUGGAGGCAUCAACCAGUACGUCGUUCAGGAUGUGGUGUCCCCUAAACAUCUUCCAUCCCAUCUUCAUAAAUUUAAGGCAGCCCUGAGAAGCCAAGGACCUUUGUGUAUAUUGGAACACUUUGACACCGGAUACAGCUUACUGCAGCACUGCAACUCAGUGGAGCUGGGUGUAAAAGAAGACGCUCUGGACAUACUAUUACAAGUGGUUAGUGGCCUUGCAACUUCCUUGCCAGCACUUCUCCUCUCCACCUCCGUCACAGCUGCAGAGCGCAAAGAGAAACUCAACGCUGUUAAAAUGAGCGUCUACCUGCUCUGCAAACUCUCCGAGAACUUUGAAAGCGAGGCCUAUCGACAGUGCAUUAUCACGGCACCUGGAAAGGGCGGUAAAAAGGGCAAAGGUGGGGUUGAAGGGCUGCAGCAGUGGGAGUCUGAGAGGGAGAAAGUGCUGCAGGCUCUCGUGCAGCUCCUCCAGCUCGAUAUCCGCUCCCUCUGGAACCUCUCCCUGGUGGACGAAGAGUUCAUCAGCUGUGUGACGUGCUGCUGCUACAAACUCCUUGAGAACCCAACCAUCAGCCACGUCAAGAGCAAACCCACCAGAGAUUGUAUAAUCCACCUGCUGGGGGUGCUAAUCAAGAAGUACAACCACAUCCUGGGUGCCAGUGUGAAGGUGAUCCAGUUGCUGCAACACUUUGAGCAGUUGUCCAGCGUGUUUGCUCAGGCAGUGUUUGUGUGGAGCACGGAAUAUGGAGUCAGGGGGAUCAUAGGAGAAAUUAUUAGGGAGAUUGGUCAGAGGUCCAGUGAGGAGCUUGCCAGAGAUUCCGCCGGGGUCAAAGCUUUUGCUUCCUUCAUUACUGAACUCGGCACCCUUAUUCCUGAGUUAAUGAUGCCCAACAUCAGUGUGCUCAUCACACACCUGGAGGGAGAGAGCCACACAAUGCGUGUUGCCGUGUGUGAGGUUCUGGGGGAGAUCCUGGUUCGGGUCCUGUGUGGCGACGGGCUCGACGACGCUGGUAAAGCUGACCGCGACCGCUUCUUCGACACAAUGCAGGAACAUCUUCAUGACACACAUUCCCACGUCAGGGCGCGAGUGUUGCAGGUCUACACGCGCAUCGUCAACAGCAAAGCGCUGCCCCUGUUCAAGUACAGUGAGGUGAUGGAGCUCGCUGUGGGGCGUUUGAUGGACAAAUCCAUACAUGUGGUGAAGAGCGCCAUCCAGCUGUUGGCCGCCUUCAUCGCACACAACCCCUACAGCUGCAAGCUGAGCAGUGCCGAUCUGAAGAAACCGCUUGAGAAGGAGGCAACUAAACUCAGAGAGCUGAGAGAGAAGCUGGAGGGGAAAGCACCAGUGGCAGUGAUUAAAGCUUCUGAGCUGUGGGCCGCCAUGGAGCCCGAGCUGCUCGUCACUGUCGGGACUGAGCUGGAGCCCACGAGUGAGGAGGAGGAGGAGGAGGAUGAGGAUGAGGAUGAUGAGAAGGAUGUAGAUGAUGAGAAGGAGGCAGAGGAUGAGAAGGAGGCAGAGGAUGACAGAGCAACUGCAGUCCAAGUUGCUCAGUACCUCCGUGUCAACAAAUACAGAAAUGCUGUGCGUCUCUGUAUAAAAGCCCACAGCUGCUUCCCUGAAUCUGAGAUGUUCGCCUCUCUGUCCACUCUCACCACUGAGACACUAAUGGACACGCUGGCUCUAAUAUUCAAAGGCUCUGAUGAGGACGCCUCUGAGCUCAGCCAGAAUUUACCACCAACCCCUCAGAAGGAGGAGGGGGAGGAGGGGGAGCUGAAGAAGCAGCAGAUGUUGGUGCAGUACCUGAAAGACACGGAAACCUUCGCCCUACUGGUGGAGAGAGCGAUAGCCGUCAUCAACACCAUGCUCUACUUGAAAACCACUUAUGUGGUCCUGGAGGCGGUGCAGUUUUGUGUGACGGUGUGCGAGUUCAGCGUGGCCAACUCGGUGAGUGGCGUGAGGAAGAUGUUGCCUCUGGUCUGGUCCACGGACGCCGCCAUUAAAGAUGCUGUCGUUCAGGCCUACAAGCGCCUGUAUCUGAACCCUCAGGGAGAAAACAUCAGGGUGAAAGCCCACACUCUGAUCGACAGCCUCUCUGAGCUGAUGGUCGAUGCUUCUCUGGGAACAAUCCAGUGUCUGGAGGAAAUAGUGCAGGAGUUCUUUGGCAGUGGCAGCCUUCUCCAGUCCACGGUGGUGCAGGUGUUGUGGGAAAGGUUCACUGGCAAACGAGAGACUUCUGGAUUACACAGACGAGCUGCUGUGUUGCUGCUGGGGAUGGCUGCACGGGCAGAGAGGGAGGUCGUCCUCAGUAACCUGGACACUCUCUGUUCGGUGGCUCUGGGAGAGAAAGUGACUGAAGACUUUCUUCUGGCCAGAGACUCAGUUCUCACCAUCAGCAGCAUCACUGACCACAUCAGGCAAUCAAAAAGUGCUCCAUUCAGACUGCCUCAGGACCACCAGCUCUUCACCUGCCUCACACAGGCCAUCGCUGAAGGUGUGGUGAUGGAGGACCCUCAUUGGCAGAGCUUCAUGGAGCAGGCGGUGCGUCUCCUCUACUUCCUGGCUGAGUCUCCGGACCAGCUGUGCUCCCGGCUGCUGCAGCGCUGCGCUCGCCUCUUACUGGAUCAGAUUGCAGAGGGUGGCGAACUCCACAAGGAAGCUAGCCAGAAUCAGGACGUAACGCAAGAGUCCAAUGAGCAAGUGAACUGUGUGUGUCUGGCGCAGCUGCUGGCUCUGUGUGGCUGCGUGGCGUUCUGGCAGGUGUCUCACCUGGAGCGUAGCGUGAGCACCGAGCUGAGGAGGAGGAGGCGAGAGACGGAGGAGAGGGCGGAAAAAGAGAAGGGCCCCUCCAGCAAAGCCAAGCAACAAGCAGCCAAUGACAGCGCCAUGGAGGAGGAGCUGGGGCUGGGAGCCUCUGCUGAAGACACCGAGGCUGAACUCAUCAGGAAGAUCUGCGAGACUGAAUUACUGGCAGAGGAGAACCUGCUGUGUGAGUUUCUUCCCCUGCUGGUGAGGGUCUGCAGCUCCCCGGGACGAUUCUCACACCCGCAGCUCACCACCGCUUCCUGCCUGGCUCUCUCUCAGUACAUGAUGAUCAGCCCCUCGGUGUGUGAGGAGAACAUCCGUCUGAUGUUCACGGUGCUGGAGCGCUCCACCCUCCCGGUAGUCAGAGCCAACGCCAUCAUCGCCCUGGGAGACCUCAUCGUCCGCUUCCCCAACAUACUGGAGCCCUGGACACAGAACCUCUACGGCAGGCUCAGUGACGAGGUUCCCUCCGUGCGGCAGACAGCGGUGACAGUCCUCACCCAGCUGGUGCUCAAGGAUGUGCUCAAGGUCAAAGGUCAAGUCAGCGAGGUGGCCGUGCUGCUAAUUGACCCCGAAACUCACAUCUGCAGCCUCGCCCUCAACUUCUUCAAUGAGCUGGCAUCCAAGGACAACGCCAUCUACAACCUGCUGCCAGACAUCAUCAGCCGCCUGUCUGACCCCGAGAGAGGCAUGAGCUCCGAGAACUUCAACACCAUCAUGAAACAGCUCUUCUCCUACAUCACCAAGGAGAGGCAGACCGAGUCUCUGGUAGAGAAACUGUGUCAGCGCUUCAGGACGGCCAAGACGGAGCGGCAGUGGUGCGACCUGGCCGUGUCUCUGUCUCUGCUCUCCAUGUGUGAGCGUGGCUUCAAGAGGCUGCAGGAGUGCUGGGAGUGUUACAGCGACAAGCUGACUGAGCCCGGCGUCUACCAGCCGCUGCUCUCCAUCACCGCCAAGCUGCGGCGCGGGGCCAAAGCCCUGUUCAAGGCCCAGGUGGACGAGUUUGAGAAGCGUCUGACUGCAGUUCACACGCGGGGACUGGAGAACGUGGAGAGUCCCGAGAUGGACGAGGAGAACCAGAAGGAAGGAGGACCCUCUGAGAAGACGGUCAUUCGAACUCCUGCAGCCGCCAGGGGCCGGCAGAGGGCAAAGAGAGGUCAAGCGAAGCCCUCGGUUUCCAGCCGAUGCGACGACAGCUUUGUGACGCCUAAGAAAUCUCGCAAGUCCAAGAAACCGGCGAUCACCUUCAGCAGUGAUGAAGAAGAAGAGGAGGAGGAGGAGGA